GGCAAGUUCAAGAUCAUCACCAGGGUGGUAGAUUCACCGUGAGGAUCAUCGACUCCAGUCGUCAUUUAGCCGCGGUUUAGUGAGCAGCUCACUGUCAAGUCGCUCAAGUGUAUAGUGUAUAGCGUUAGCAAGUAUGACCAGCUGCCGGCUGUUAUCAACGUUGAUUUUUGUUUUCACUAGUAUGUUGUUCUGGGUGGAACCGUACUCUUGUGAUGUGACUUCGUGUAUAAUUCCGGGGACAUCUCAGAAGAAGGGGCAAUGCGUCACCCCGGAUCAAUGUCCUGAGCUGGUGUCGCUAGAGUUCGAGCCGAACUUUUCGUACGAAAAGUACCUGAAGGAGCGACGCUGCGAGUCGGAUGAACAUGGGAACCCUCGCAUAUGCUGCGACCCGACCGCGACCCCUCGCACCGGCAGACACCAGGGCUGGUCACCGUCACAUACCGGCCACCGCAAAACUCAAGCCGCCAACGGGUUCUGCCUGUCGUUUCGCUUCGAGCCGGGUCGGUGCGUCCCAAUCGAGUCCUGCCCGUCGAUCCACAACUGUAGCAUCGAACUGCAGCAGAACUACAAUCCGACGCUUCAUUUGCAUUUAACGCAGAGCUUCUGCUACCAGGAUGGGAGCCGGAUCUACGUGUGCUGCGACGAUCACCUGCCGGAGCAGGCACCGGCGCUGAAACCGGUCAAGAAACUCGGUUGGCAACGCUGCCAGACGCCCUUUUUGGAUGCUGGAAAGUGCGUCGCGGCGGGUCGUUGUGGGCUGAUCGAAGAUGGCGAUGCCGCCGUACCGGAAGAGUACCGGGCGUUCAUGGUUGGCUGCGAUCAACCGAACGGAGUGGCGCACAUGUGCUGUCCGGGCAAGAAGAUCCGGUACGAUGAGGAAUUCGGCAAGCAGUGCUCGACCGUGCCGGGUGGACGGAGCGGAAACUGCGUUGAACCUGAUCGGUGUGAUGAGUAUGUGAAGGCAACCGACAAGCAGGGUUAUGUGCGCGAUAACUGGUGCUACACCAGCUUGGACCAGGUGGACUACGUGUGCUGUGCAAAGAAAAAGAUUCAGAGUGUUCCAAUCAGCGCCAUCACCAUCGGCAACCGUGCAGGUGAGGACGCUCCAACUUGUACGACUCCCAACAGCGCACCGGGACGUUGUGUCCCCCUUGCGGAGUGCACCCCCAUCGUUAAAAUCCUUCGUGACGCAUCCACCUCGAAGCAACCCGUUUCGCCAGCGCAGGCAACCUUCCUGCGGAACAGUGUUUGCACCCCGGGAGGCACCUCAUCCUCGGCCUACUACGUCUGCUGCGAUGAGGUUUCCCUGCAGACGGUGACCACUGCGGCAACGCCGACUGCCGCUCCAACGUUGAGAACCACGACGACGACCGAGGACAUUGCGAGCCAUCCGAAUCUAAGGUUGUUGGAUCGGACCACCUGUGGGCGGGGGAAUCUGGACGAUAAGAUUGCGUUUGGUGAGCAGGCACCGAUGUAUCAGUACCCGUGGAUGGCCAUGCUGAUCUACCGGUCAUCGUCCAGCGGGCAGGAGGGUCCCGAGUGCGGUGGUACGAUCAUCAACAAUCGUUACGUGCUGACGGCGGCGCAUUGCAUCGAUGGGCAGGUUGAGCGAUUAUCCUACGUCCGUCUCGGCGAGUACGAUACCCGCACCGAUCCGGACUGUGACGAGUACAUGGACUGUGCCCCACCGGUGCAGCGCUACACCGUAGAGGAGUCCCGAAUCCAUCCCAACUUUACCCGCGUCGUCCGCUCCGGCAACGACAUUGGCCUGCUACGGCUGGACCGCCCAAUCGUGUUCAGCUCCGAUGACGUGGCCCCGAUUUGCCUGCCCUUCACCAACACCCUUGUGCGGUUCGAUCCGUCCCUGUUCUGGAUCACCGGUUGGGGUCUCACGGAACGGCUGGACAACAGCCCGAUCUUGCUGCAGACGCGGAUUCCGUCGGUGGCUUGCAGCUUGAGCACGCACUCGAUUUGUGCUGGGUUUGGCAACGGGACGCUGCACUGCCGAGGGGACUCCGGCGGACCGAUGAAGGUUCAGGUGCCGGAGUUUAAUUUUAGAUACGUCCAGUAUGGUAUCAUUUCCGCAGGGCCGGGGUGCGGAGUUGGUGGAGCGCCCGGGGUCAGCACACGUGUUGCGUUCUUCAUGCGAUGGAUACUGGACAACAUUAGGGAAUGAGCGGCGAGUAAUUAAUUGUAGCAUGAGAGCAAAUAAAAACAAAACUAACCAUUAAUCA